CCCCCCCAUCAACGACACCCCACUACCACCACCACCGCGCCUCCACCGCCUCUCCUGCCGCCCUCUUUCCUCCCGCGGACAGGACGGCCCGGGCGCCAGUCGUUCACCCUCCGGGGGCAGGCUGAUCCUCCCCCCGGGAAUGCUGCCUGAAGGAUGCUGUGGUUCCCGGUAAAGAAGAUCCGGAAGCAGUUCAAGCUGCUUCUGCUCCUGGUCCUGCUCACCUUCGCCGUGUGGUUCACCUACCUGCACAUCAGCCUGGUGCGCCAAGGCAAGGCGCUGCGCCUCCACUUCGCCUAUGGCCGGGAUGGUGAACGGCUGGGCGAGGUGACAGAUCCUGGAAGACGAGUGGCUGGGGCCCAUGCAUCCUCUCCUCAGAGAAAGGCAGAGGACUCCAGCGAGAGUCGGGAGGAUGAGCAGAUGGUGGACGAGCAAGGUGUUGAUGGAUGGUAUUCCAAAAGACUUGGUCUCGACAGAGUUGCGAAACCCUCCAAGCCAAAUGUAACCAAGCAUGUUCUGCCAUGGAAAGAACAGUACAAAGGGAAAGCCAAUCUGCAUGUUUUUGAAGAUUGGUGUGGAGGAGCUGUGGGACAUCUAAGAAAGAAUCUGCAUUUCCCCCUCUAUCCUCAUACACGUACAACGGUAAAAAAGUUGGCUGUAUCUCCCAAGUGGAAGAAUUAUGGGCUACGUAUUUUUGGCUACAUUCAUCCUUUCAAAGAUGGGGAUUUCCAGUUUUCUGUAGCUUCAGAUGAUAACUCAGAAUUCUGGCUCAGCUCUGACGAGACUCCAGCCAAUGCACGUCUGGUGGCCUUUGUGGGCAAGCUGGGUUCUGAGUGGACUGCCCCAGGAGAGUUUACAAAAUUCAGCUCACAGGUCUCCAGGCCAAUCCGUGUCCUCUCUUCCAGACGCUAUUACUUUGAGCUGCUCCACAAACAGGAUGACCGUGGAUCAGAUCAUGUGGAAGUUGGUUGGAAGUGUUUUUGCCCCUCACCAUUCAUGUUUUCUCUCCUCUCCACUCUCCCUUCAGAUGAAUCUAGUCUGAAAAUGAAUGAGGUGGAACAUGUGCCUCAGUCCUUCGCCAGCCAUACUGGCAGCUACCUCUGGAAUGAACAGAGGAGUGAGCAUGGAGCAGAUAUGCUGAAGCCUGACCCUCGGGACAUUUUCUUCCUCACUCCCCAGAUUGAACCGUCCCAUGUGGAGAACGUGCUGGUGCCCUGUGCUUACAGCCCCACAUAUGUGGUGAAGGACUUCCCUAUUGCCCGCUAUCAGGGCCUACAAUUUGUCUACCUCUCAUUUGUUUAUCCCAAUGAUUUCACCCGGCUUACGCACAUGGAGACAGAGAACAAAUGCUUCUACAGAGAGUCCCCGCUUUACCUGGAGAAAUUUGGCUUUUACAAAUACAUGAAGAUGGAUGAAGAAGAGGAGGAUCAGCAUCAAAGAGGUUUUCUCUUCCUCAACCCUGAGAAUUUUCUGGAGGAAGAAGAGGAAGGAGCUGACAGUCCAGAACCCACCGACCCACUCCCCAAUGCUAAGAGGAAGAACCGCAGUGUUUUGGACCCAGAUGUGUUCCCUGGGGUGAAGCGGAAAGAGAAGCUCCAAACCACAACAGAUUAUGGGAAUGACAUGGACUACUAUCCCUUACAUCAGAAGCAAAAGAGGUUUAACCAAGACAAAGCCUUGACAGGGCAACCUGUCGCCACAAGUACAAACAGCAGACCCAGUUUGAGUCCUGAGACUCCAUCCAAGGACUUCCAGAUUUAUGAGAAUGCAGCUGCUCCUGGAGAACAGACCGUUGUCCAUGGCCGGUUGCUCAGCUGGGUGCAGGAUGAGGGGGAAACAAUGGAGGAGAAGAGAAGGAAAGGGGGUGACCUGGAGCUGCUGUCACCGUCAAAGCAGGAUAGCUCCCCUGGCGUCCAGCCCCACCUGUCUAUGCCCUUCUUUACUGGAAAGGCAAAGCAGCAGAGUCCUAAGGAGGAAAAACAGCCCAAGAAGGAUACCAAGAAGCCCCCAGAGAAAGUAUAUGUGACCCGUCUGCAGCCUAGCAAAAAGAAAGCUCCCUUGCAGAAUGAUAUUUUCCCUGGAGUCUUUCUCUACCCCAAGCCACCAAGGAAAGUACACUUGAACUCCAGACUCCCUCAGUGGCGCCCUGCUCCCUCCGACAAGCUCCAUACAUUCCCCAGACAUAGGACUUAUUGGCUUACAGGCAAUGGCUCUAGGGAAGCAGAGCCUACUAGAAGGAGAAAUCAGAGGGCCAGCAAGAAAUGGGAACAGCUAUAUGAUCGGGAGGUCCCCAAGGGUAGGAGUAAGCAGAAGACACAUCCCAGUGUUUCAACCUUGCCUGAAGAAGGGCUGUUCAGUAAAGAAACCUUUGAGGUCACCACCCUGGCAAGGACUACCCUGGAUUACAAUUCAUCAGAGGUAGUGUUGUCCGAAGGUGUGCGAGUGACAUCUUUCAUGCGGAUGUCUGAGAUGACAGAAUCUCAGCAGGAGGACAUUGAGGGCCCAGAGAAGGCCCAGGAAGAGGAGCUGGAGGAAGAGUUGUCUGACUACAGCUAUGAGAACUCUGAGUUGCAGCAGAGCUGGCUAGAGGACUCCAUUAAUUGGCAAAGGACGUUCAGUGUGAGCCCUGUGGACUUUGAGCUGCUGCGUUCAGACUGGAAUGACCUGCGAUGCAAUGUCUCAGGAAAUCUGCAGCUAAGUGAAAGUGAGGUUGUGGACGUGGUCGCCCAAUAUAUGGAGAAACUAAAUGAGAAGAAUGGAGGCAUCUAUACCCUCUUGCGGAUCAUCAAUGUGGAGAAGCGGAGAGACACAGCCAGGGGCAAUCGUUACCUGGUGGAACUAGAACUGAUGGAGAGAGGCCAGAGGACAGUACGGCUCUCCGAGUACAUCUACGUCCUACUCCACCAAGGCAAGUCAGAGGACAGCACAGAAGUCAACCCUGAGGGGCCUGCGACUCUCUCCACCGAACCUCAGCCACCACCUAGUGCCUGGAGCUUGCUCUAUGGGAAACCUAUCCUCUGCCGACCUCUCCGGCUCAGCUGGAGGCAUGAUGUCUUGGUGCAUUUUGUGGUGCCAGUUAAGAACCAAGCUCGCUGGGUUCAACAGUUUAUCUCAGACAUGUCCAACUUAUACUUGAAUACCAAGGAUGCCAACUUCAAUGUUAUCCUUGUGGAUUUUGAUAGCGAUGACAUGGAUGUGGAGAAGGCCCUUCAGAAGGCUCACCUGCCCAGGUAUCAAUACUUGAAGCGUACUGGAAACUUUGAACGCUCAGCUGGACUUCAAGCUGGGGUAGACUCCAUUGAGGAUGGUAGUAGUAUUGUGUUCCUGUGUGACCUGCACAUUCACUUCCCACUCAACAUCCUAGACAGCAUCCGGAAGCAUUGUGUAGAGGGGAAACUGGCCUACGCACCCAUCGUCAUGAGACUGGGUUGUGGGAGCUCUCCACAAGAACCCAAUGGCUACUGGGAAGUGAAUGGCUUUGGACUCUUUGGAAUCUAUAAAUCCGACUUUGAUCGCAUCGGAGGGAUGAAUACCGAAGAGUUCCGGGACCGCUGGGGUGGGGAGGACUGGGAGCUCUUGGACAGGGUGCUUCAGAGUGGGCUGGAGGUGGAACGUUUGCGACUCAGGAACUUUUACCAUUAUUACCAUUCCAAACGUGGCAUGUGGAAUUCACGCAGCAAGAAGACACCCAAAGACUAAAUGCCAGCCCAGCUGCCGUCCACCAAGCCCCCCACUCUUGGCCUUCUUCAGGAGGUAAAAGGGAGGCAGCAGCCACCUCAACUUUGCUGCCACAACUCAGCACAGUUUUCACAAGUGCUGAAGAUGCACUUCUGGACGCAGCACCGGUUGGAGGCCUGCGCUGGGGCGCCUGGGAUUGAGAGUUUCUAUGGAACUGUUUAAAGCAAACCAUGUUUACUUUUGGAUUUAUUUGUUUUUGUGACUUUUCUUAAGGGAUCUAAUUUCUUAGUCAGAAGUUACAUUUAUUAACUCAGUAGUGCUGACUGGUCAGGAUUCCUGCUAAGGCAAGAAUGGGACAAGCCCUCCAGUAUUAAUGCCAGCCAAGAUGUAGCUGGAGCUACAAAAUAAUUAAACAGAUGUCAGGGGAAGAUCACAGUGGUUCUGUGGUUCACAUGCCUUGUAGUGUCAUGUCCUAGCUUUAGUCUGUAAAAAAUGAGCCUGGGAGAAGCAGAGUAAGGAGACUCUUUGGUAUGGCAAACUAUGUUCAUUCUUGAGGGGCUUGGGGCCUCCCUCCUUGUUCAUCUGAACCCGGCACUCAGGACAGUUCAGCAUCUUGAGUGGAUUUAAAGGGAGGGGAGGCUCUGGUCAAAAGAAGGGUAUGUGUCAAUUUUUCCUGUAUUAUUCUGGAUUUAUAAUUCAUGCUAACCCUGCUUGGGUUCGCCUCUUAUUUAGCCUUAGGCAGAUAUAGCCCCAAGGUUCAGGCCCGUGGUUUUUUUUUAAACCUAUAUACCAGUUUCUGUGGCUAAUGAAAGAACUGAUAAUAACUAUCAGUCUAUGCUCUUAUGCGAAGAUGGAGGCAGGGAAUAUUUGUUUCCCUGGGAAGCAAGACAAAAUGGCAAUCACUACAAGAUGCAUUUCUCUUGCUAAAGGAACUGGCUUGUGCAAGUGGCUUGUGCUUCCUAUUCUUCCACAUAUCCAAUCAAAAUAAAGAGAUGCACGGGACACUGCUAAGAGGACAUCUUCCAGGUGGGAAUGUUAUAGUGCUCUCUUUAGACACAUUGCAAUUGGUCAGGAACAAGAAGCAUGAGGCACUCCCACUUCCUUUGCCUUCUGCAACAUUGUUGCAUCUGAACAAACUGUGCCCUCCUCAUUCCCUUCCCUCCUUCAUCUGUUAUUUGGUGUUUGUUUUUUAACAGUGUGGAGCAAGAGUUACUUUCUAGAGCAUUUGAAAUGGUGACGGGGACAGAAUGGAUGUGUUUCACCAGAACCAUCAGCAGAGGAGAACUAAGAGUGAAGAACAACUAUGGGGAACCCAUAAGGGCUGAAUUGCUAAGUAAACCUAAGGGAGUUAUCAUUGCCCACUUGUCACCAUUCAUACAGCCAAGCUAAUGGGGAAAAAAAGUAGUCACACUUUUACACCAUGAGCAACAUCACCAUGCCUGCAAAAAGCUCUCUCACUUAGGGACAGGAUGCUAGGAAAGAUGGAGGUAGGCUGGGCUAUGAAUGAAUGAAUGAACAAAUGAAUGAAUGAAAGAAUGAAUGGACAGACUCAUUAGGAAGCUACUCCAGUUUUACUCCAGCUAACCUCCUCCAUUCACCCCCCCAAAAAAAA